GUAAAAGUAAGAUGCCGUGUGGAUAUGACAGAAAAACGCUGUAAUCGAUCAACAUUUAAAUUAAAUAUCCACUACUGGAGGAUUACCUGCAGUCGAUUUUGAUUUUUUAACUCCCUUGGAUCAAUAUGUGCACCAAUAUUAAAACACGCGGACCAAUAUUUGAAAGUGUUAUGGAUGUUCAAGGACAUCGGGCAUGUCUUUAACCGGACAUAACAAGCCCGCAACGAAUAUUUACAAUAAAAAAGGAGAAAGAGAAGAAAAACACUGUUGUAAGAUGCCUUUACAGCAGGAAUGAUAUAGUUAUUGCGAGCGCCUGAAUUAUCUUUUGACUCAGAAAAAUAUAUCUUGCUUCUUUUUAAAAUAUCCGAAAAUCAAAAUUGUAUGAUCAUGGCGCAUCUAAUAGGACACAUUUCCAAUAAAAUUACCAAUGCUAUGAACACUGCCUCCAACAAAUCUCAGGCGAAGGUCAGCGGCGUGUUUGCGCGAAUAGGUUUCCAGGCAGCCACCGAUGAGGAGGCUCUUGGGUUCGCUGAGUGCGACGAUUUGGAUUAUGACUAUAGACAGGGAAUGCGUAUGGAUGGCGUGCAAACGGACGAUACGGGAGGAGAGCCGGACCGAGGAGGAAUGGUAGAGGGGGAUAGCCACUACCAAAGAGACGGCGCCGGUCCUCGAGGCUCCCAAGCCAACACCGGCACUUGCGAGGAACUUGGUGCGCAAGACAAGCAGAAAAUCACCGCCUGGGAAGCAGGUUGGAACGUCACAAAUGCAAUUCAGGGUAUGUUCGUCCUUGGACUUCCUUAUGCCAUUUUGCAUGGAGGAUAUCUCGGGCUCUUCCUCAUCAUCUUUGCCGCAGUGGUGUGCUGCUAUACCGGCAAGAUUCUCAUUGCAUGCCUGUAUGAGGAAAAUGAGGUCGGCGAGCGGGUGCGCGUGAGAGACUCUUACGUGGACAUCGCCAACGCAUGCUGCGCGCCACGCUUUCCAGCGCUUGGAGGACACGUCGUGAACGUCGCCCAAAUCAUUGAGCUAGUGAUGACGUGCAUCCUUUACGUGGUGGUCAGUGGUAACCUCAUGUACAAUAGCUUCCCGAGUUUACCGAUAUCUCAGAAAGCAUGGUCUGUUAUUGCCACAGCUGCUCUCGUGCCGUGUGCCUUCCUCAAGAGUCUUAAGUCUGUGUCUAAGUUCAGCCUGCUGUGCUCGCUCGCACAUUUUGUCAUCAAUGUUCUGGUGUUAGCCUACUGCCUGUCACGCGCACACGACUGGGCAUGGGAAAAGGUGAAGUUUUAUAUCGAUGUUAAAAAAUUUCCUAUCUCUAUCGGCAUCAUCGUGUUCAGCUACACCUCACAAAUUUUCCUGCCUUCGCUGGAGGGCAACAUGCAGAAACCUAGUGAGUUCCACUGUAUGAUGGAAUGGACACAUAUCGCUGCCUGCGUACUAAAAGGCCUCUUCGCCCUGGUAGCCUACUUGACGUGGGCAGACGCAACGAAAGAGGUGAUCACAGAUAACCUCCCGGGCGGUAUACGGGCAUGGGUUAACAUUUUUUUGGUGGCAAAAGCCUUGCUAUCCUACCCUCUGCCCUUCUUUGCCGCGGUGGAGGUCUUGGAAAAAUCUCUCUUUCAAGAUGAAGGUCGAGCUUUGUUUCCAAAUUGCUAUGGAUCAGGUGGCCAGCUUAAGUCCUGGGGUCUUGGCCUGCGUAUUGCGCUUGUCAUUUUCACUCUGCUCAUGGCCAUUUUUGUCCCGCACUUUGCACUGCUAAUGGGCCUCACCGGAAGUCUCACCGGCGCCGGAUUGUGCUUUCUUCUGCCCAGCCUGUUCCAUCUGAGGCUUCUUUGGAGGAAACUUCUGUGGCACCAAGUGUUCUUUGACGUCUCCAUCUUCGUGAUAGGAGGUGUAUGCAGCAUCUCUGGGUUUAUUCACUCCAUCGAAGGGCUCAUCGAGGCCUUUAAAUAUAAUAUCCAUGAUUAAGGGAGGAAUACUUGUUUUCAGUUCGAUUUAAAUACUAAUGAAGUCUUCUGUGAGUCAAGAUCCGUAAAAGAAGGUCACGACGAGGAGCGUUUAAAUCUAAGUUUAGUCUAGAAAAGGGUAGUUCUUUAUUUUCUUGUCAAACGCGUGCAAUUUCCGAAUAGUGUUUUAAGAUGUGAUGACGUGCUUGUUAUUUUUGUUAAUAUACUAAUUGUUAGUGAUAAACAACAGAGACAACAUUUUCUGCCACAACAGCAUGUCCAUCACACCGACUCACUGAAUAAAUUUAAGUUAUAUUGAUAAUAAACAUAUUUAGAACAGAGCGAAAAUAAUGUUUGCUAAACUAGGCUCAUGGCACAGCGGGACCUGUUAAAUCUAUUUUUGAACAAUAGCCCAAAUAAUUGAAGCUCAUAAAAUUACAAAUAUAUAGUUCUAUGAAAAAUACACAUAAUCUCUCGAAUAGACCGAUUAAGUGAUUUUUUGUAAACCUGUCCAUUUUGAUUAGCCAUAGUCAACAAAUUAAAACUAGUUACACUUUAAAUUAAAUAAA